AUGGCUAACAUGGUCAUUCAGAUCAUUGGGUUUUCUCUCGGCCUCCUGAGUCUAUUUGGAACGUUGAUUGCCACUGUUUUACCACACUGGCGCAGAACGGCACAUGUGGGCGCGGAUAUUAUCACUGCCAUGGAGUUCAUGAAAGGACUUUGGAUGGAAUGCGUCUGGCAAAGUACCGGCAUCUACCAGUGUCAAGUCCAUCGCUCACAGCUGGCAUUGCCCGCAGACCUCCAAGCUGCUCGUGCCUUGAUGGUAAUUUCCUGCUUGCUUUCCACACUGGCCACUUGCGUUUCGGUGGUGGGUAUGAAGUGCACUGUGUGCUUCAAGGAAACCUCAUCCAAGGAUUACAUUGCCAUGUCAGGAGGAGCCUGCUACAUACUCGCUGGCAUCAUGUGCCUCAUUCCAGUUUCUUGGUCAACGAAUGACGUAAUCCGCGAUUUCUACAACCCCGUGUUACCAUCUGGAACCAAAUAUGAAAUGGGGGAGGCUCUCUAUAUUGGCUUUGUUUCAACAGGCAUGGCUCUCAUUGGAGGAGCUCUCUUGUGUCUUCCUUGUCCUCAGCAAGGGAAUGACAGACCCUAUCAACCACAAGCUGCAUUCAUACAUACUGCACCUCAGUAUAGACUGCCUUCGGUUUAUAAGGGCAACUACUCAACGUCACAAACAUCUGCCUCACAUAGUGAUUACCGUUUACAUGACUAUGUGUGA